GAUCACGCAGCAGUAACUUGCCCCCUUGAAUAUUACACUGUAUAGUUUUCCCUGAAGGCACAGUAAUCAGGCUCGGAUGCAAUUUCCUGUUGAAAACUCUCGAGCACUCCGUGUGUGUGUGUGUGUGUGUGUGUGCGUGUAUGUGUGCGUGCGUGCGGUGUGUGUGUGUGUGUGUGUGUGUGUGCGUGCGUGCGUGUGUGUGAGAAUCUCAGUUUGAAAGUCUUCAAGCUGAAACUUAGAAAUCAGAGCGACCUGAAAACAACACGGCGUGUUAAACUUUGUGAGGACCUCCUCUGAUUCCGUUGUGUUUGUUUGCUUGCUUCUUUUUAAACGUUUCUUGGUAAUAACGUGAACUUUUUUUAUUUAUUUUUUUUUAUUUGAUGUUUGCUAUACCGAGAGGGCUGUCAAGUCUUUGGAAGUUCGUGAAGGUUGAGCGUUGUGUGGUGCAGACUGUCAUUAGGGGCAGUUCAGAGAAAAAGUUUCUGACACACAUGUUGGUAGAACAACAUGACGAGGACGCGACUUUUCACCGCACAAACGGGACUUUCUGAAGUCCGCUUAAAGUCGCUGCAGAGGAAGAAUAUGAGUUACUGAAAUAGCGGUAAAUAACGACGUGUCUCAAAGGAUAGAUUCUGGUCUCCUGACUCUCAGCUCCAGAGCAGAUGUGGGAGGAGGACCGUAGCCCUGGUGCCAGCUCGCCUCAGCCUCCAGAUGGUGCCCAUCUUGGCCCAGAGAACUCGCCAGUGGUGGCUCCCAAUGGUCCCAACACAGGUGGGGAUGGAAGCAGCGAGCACGCCGAGCAGGAGCCACGCAUGGAGGAAACAACAAACAUGGACAAUUUCGACAACAACAACAGUGUAUCACAGCUGGAUUUCAGCAACACGCCCAGCAAAAGCAUCACAUGUCAACCUCAGGCCAGGUCAUCGCCCUUGCCGAAGUCAUUAACCAGCCCCUCUGAGUCUGCAGUGCUUCUGAAAAAUGGCAAGUCUCUGAAACCCCAGGUGCACAGCAGUAGCGUCAAGAAUGGAGCAACACUCUUGCGGGCGGCAUCUUCGACAUCCUCGUCUUCGUCUGCACAUCAUAACAACCCCAAGAAGUUGCAAUCGAACCCAUCGAUCAACAGCCAGAGCAGCAAGAGGAGUAAAGGGAGCUCCAAGUCCAACAGCUCACAGAUCCCUACAGAGGCCCAGGAUGACUGCUGUGUGCACUGCAUCCUGGCCUGCCUGUUCUGCGAGUUCCUAAUGCUGUGCAACAUCGUGCUGGACUGUGCAACCUGCGGCUCAUGCUCCUCUGAUGACUCGUGCUUCUGCUGCUGCUGCGGAUCGGAAGAAUGCGGUGACUGCGAACUUCCUUGCGACAUGGACUGCGGCAUCAUCGACGCCUGCUGCGAGUCGGCCGACUGCCUCGAGAUCUGCAUGGAGUGCUGUGGCCUCUGCUUCUCAUCCUGAGCCUCCUGUAGGGGGCAUUGCAAUGUUCGCUCAAAACUUCUAGAGAGAAGUUCUAGGUGAGAAAUGUGAUCGGAGAACUCCAUACUGGGCUUCAAGGCUGGUUUGCCAAUGAGAAGCAUGAGAAACGCUGCGACUGAGGUCCAGUUGUGUUUUCCCGAGUUUGGCAAUUGGGUUCCAGUUUAGUGUGCUUAAAGUCAGAGACUCUUAGAAUUGUCCUCAGAUUUUGCAAGAAUUCUGGGACAUUCUCUGUUUUCUGCAGUCUGCAUUUAGACUCUUCCUCCAGAUCCAGCUUCCAACUUGAUUGGAAGAGAAAUCUUUAAGACAUUGAACCUUGCUAACAGUAGGAGAUGUUGUAGGCUAAACAGGACAUUUUCACUCCUUUUUCUUCAAAUUCCAGUCCUUUUCAAAUCACAUUUCUUUUCAACUUCACAUUUAUUCAAAGAACGAAUCUCACCACUGUUGCGUAAUGUUUUGAUGCACCAAAUCCCAAUGCAUCCAUGUGAAAAUUCAUAUUUUAUGUAACAAAAUCAUGGGGGAAGUUUUUUUGACUAUACACAGUGUAACAUGAACAGUGUCUUUUAAAAUCUUCUAAGGAUUGAUUUUUAUUUUUAUUUUUUUCCAGGGGAUCUGCACAUUAUUAUUAGUUUUAUUAUUAUUAUUUUUUACCUUGAACAGUCCCACUUCACAUUCCAAAAAAAAUCAUGCUUGAAAGAGAAGUCACUGAUUUUAUUUUUAUUUUUAAUAUGAUGUCAUCUUUUUGAAGCAGCUUCAAUUUAUAUUCUCCAGGAAACUGUAACCAGAUUUGACUUCAUCAGUUUGGCUAUGCUGACAGCACUUUCUGUGUUCUAAGAUGCAGACACAACGUAAUGCAAAAGAGUUCUCUCUAUAUAUGCACAGUUACUGUAGUACUUUGCUGUCCAUCAACUGUGAGCACAGGACUGAAACGGACGUGAGCUGGAGAAAGGGCUGCGUUUAUUUAAAUUUUUCAUGCAAUGUAUUUACUCAUGUGAACGAGAGUAACAAGAGAUGUGUUACUCUAUCUAACCCGUCCUGUGAUUUUUUUUGUUUGUUUUUUCCUUUUCUUUCUGUCUGUGAUUGAGUUUAUCGAGUAUUAAUUCCUUGGAUUUCUAAUUGUUCUGUAAUGCUGGAGGUUUGUUAAAGCCCUGUUCAAAAUGCCAAAAAAGCUGUGCAAGCAUUAAGUACACAUGGUUUUUUGUGUUUUGUUUUAUUUUGUUUUUAAGUAGAAGUAGUGAUGCACUGAAAUUUUGGCCACUGAUUAUUUGGAGGCAAGAAAUUAACAAAAAUAUGACUUUUAACUUUAACUUUUACUUUAAUGCUUUUAAUUAUUAGUUUUGAUUGAAAGAGACUCGAAUUAACUCCAAUAAUUUACAAUGUGCAACAACAACAAAAAACCUAAUUAAUAUUCAUUUUAAAGGGGUCAUAUUUUGCUUUUUUAACGUUUUUAAAAGUUCAUAAUUUUGUUUAUUGGCUGUAAUUGAAUAGGUUAACAUGCUUUAAUGUUCAAAAAAACAAAAAAUUAUUUGUCACAUAAUGUACAUUACUGCAGUACCUCUAUUUCCAAGCUGCCUGAAAUGCUCCGAUUGAGUUACGGUUUCUCCAAAGCCCCUCCUUCCGAAAAGCCCAGAGUGCUCUGAAUGGCCAGCUGACCCUUUGUGUUGUGAUUGGCCAAAAACCUCAAGCAUGUGUCGGAAAUGUAACGCCCCUUGGGUUAGCUUCAGCUUCCAAGGGUUCUAAAGCAAUUUUAAACUCCUGAGCAACAUGACGUCAGUUUUACUGCAUCAGUUCGAGCCCGAGUCAGAUUCAGAAUAUGCGAAUGAUCAAAUGAAUCCAAAGUUGCAUGCACGACUUGAGCAGAAUGUUUCACAGUGGUUCUUAUUUUGUAACUCUCUUACCUUUCAGAUGUAAUGUAAAUUCCACUGGCAGGCUGUUGCAUUGUUAAGUGCAAAAGUAUGCUACUGUAUGUACACAACUUCUGUGUGUACAUAGGUACUCAUACGAUAUGCCUUUGGAAAGCUAAGAUUCUUGUGAUUCGAUUAAUAUAAACCGUUUCAAGAUACAUUCACAGCAGCAGCUACAAUCAACAUCUCUGUCAGACCACCAACAUACAAACAAACAUUUACAAAACUGAGGCAACUUAGCAAACUUUAGCUAGCACUUUAGCAGGGGUCUACAAGUGAGCCCUGUGCCACAACACAAAACAGUCAAUAGCUUCAUAAAAUAAUCAAACAUACUUACAGUUUCUGAUUCAGAAGCGCAAGAUUGUCCGAGCAAAGUGGGAAUCGCCCCACUUUUCAGGAGUAGCCUUUGUGUGUAGCCUGCCUUGUACUCGCUCAGGUUCAGCAAGCUGUCCUCCAUAAAAUGUGCUGUACACAAGCAAACGUUUAACUUGUACUGCUCCGGAACAGCGUUAUAAAUAAAGAGUAACCAAGGAUUCGUAAUUUUGUCCGUUUUUGGAAGUCCAAACAAAGCGGUUUUGCUUUUCCACCAAAACACACAGCAUCUCCACGACAUGGCGCCAAACAAUUCACUGAUGCCUCGACUUUGUUCUUCGUGGUUGCCUUUGGGCGAUAUUAUGCUAAUAUUUCAAAUAGUGACGUAGAUGUUUGCGGAAGUAAUAUCUGGACUUUGAACGAGGUGUUUUGGGCAGGUCUGGAGCAGUGUUCCAUGUUAGAUAGUAUAAAUCCCUUUGGGGGAGAAUAUGAGCUUUUUAACUUUGCAGAUCUUAUGCAUGCACAGACAGAUACAUUACACACUAGAGGAGAAGGAAAUCAUUAAAAAGCAUAAUAUGACACCUUUAAAUAAUUUUUGAGUUCAGGUUUUUGUCCAAAGUGCCCAAAAUUUCAGUUUCGGCCAAUAAAUUUAAUAUCGGUGCAUCACUAUGCCAGCAUCCUUGACUUGUUCUGUCAUUUGCUCAAUUAUAAUUUGGUUAUGACCUUUAUUAACUUUUUCAGUAUCGGUCUUGUUUGAUCAUGAAAAUGCUCUAAUUGGCUGUUAUCAGUUAAGGUGCAUUAGUUUAUUGAUUAUUGACGAUUGACAACUGAUUUGAAUUUGUUGGUUGGUUAUUUGUUUUUAUAGAUUCUCUCAUGACUCAAACAUUUUUCAGCUUUUUAGUUUUAACAUGAGGUGUGAAAUGAUAUUCAUUUAAAUUUAGCCUACUCAAGUCAGAGCAUAUGUUAAUAAUUAUAAUUGUGAGAAGCCCAUUAUUAUUAUUAUUUUAUUUUAUUUUAUUUCAUUUAACUAGAGGUCAAGAACAGAAAAUUAUCAAAUCAUGUUGUAGUUAGUAGUCAAUAAUGUUUACAUCUUGUGGACAAUCUACAAAAAAAGGAACUGGAUAUAAAAGAUAUAGAAAAUAAACUUAAAACUUGACAGAGAGUAGAUAUUCAUCAUAUACACUAUGGAAUAAAAGAGCAGUGUUGAAACUCUUGUGUUUGUACCAUUAUAUUCCAACAGUGUCAUUAUUUCCAUGACUUAAUAUCAUUUAUCCUUUUAUUGCUGGCCAAAAUUUAGGUAAAUUAUAUACAAUAUAUCUGAUUUGCAUAGACAAUUCUUAAGACAUUUUGAUUUUGUAUCCUUACUAGCCUUGAUGUGUUGAGAAAUAAUCCUGAGCCUAGAGAAUUUCAGCAAUGUUGUGCCUAGAUUUCAGUAGAAUCCUUGACUAUCCUCUGUAUAUGUUAUCCAGUCUGCAUUCAGACAUUUCUUCACUGUCCACAGUACUUUCUAUAGUGCUUUUAACAAUAGUUACUGUCAUAAAGAAGCUUUACAUAACUCUGGAUGUCAAGUCAAGUGUGUUUUAUUGGUAUUUCUCCGUAUAUCUUAUAUACAUUGGAAUGAAAGUUUUUUUCUUCAGGACCAAGGUACAACACAUAAUACAGUCAAAUGAGCAAGCCAGAGGCGGCAGUGGUGAGGAACAGAACUCCUGAGACGCCAUGAGGAAGAAACUUUGAGUGGAACCAGACUCAAAAGUGAACUCCUCUUCUGGGUGAUACCAGAUAGUUUUAGUACUAUUUCGUUUCCCCAGUCUUCUUAUUUCUACACUGUUGUGUGCUGUGACAUUAGAAAUUGUAUUUACUAAUACUAUAUUACCAAAGGUUUGUGGACACCUGAUCAUCACACCCAUGUGUGCUUGUUGAACAUCCCAUUCCAGAUUUAGUCCCCCUUUUGUGUACAUCUUGUAUACAUUGGAAUGAAAUGAAAGCUGCUGUUAUAACCUCCACUCUUCUGGGAAGGCUUUCCACUAGAUUUUUGGAGCAUGGUUGUGGGGAUUUGUGGCCAUUCAUUUACGAGAGUGAGGUCAGGCACUGAUGUUGGGUUAGUCAACGUUCCCAGCGUUCAUCCCAAAGGUGUUCAGUGGGGUUGAGGUCAGGAUUGAUGUUGAGUGCAGGACAUUCAACUUCAUCGAUACCAACCUUGGUAAUCCAUGUCUUCAUGGACCUUGCUUUGUGCACUGGAGCAUUGUCAUUGCUGGAACAGGUUUGCGCCUCUUAGUUCCAUUUAAAAGAAAUUGUAAUGCUACAGCAUAUAUACAAUUAUGUGCUUCCAAAUGUGUGACAAUAGUUACAGGAAGUUCCACAUAUGAGUGUGAUGGUAAAGCAUCCACAAACUUUUGUCCAUAUCUAUAGUGUAUUUCAAUACUGGAAUCAUUGCCAAUUGGGUUGAUAUUUAAAUGAUCAUUAUGAUUACUUGUAGUAUAAUCAGUCUUCAACAGUUCACCAUUUUACCAGAGAUUUUAAUAGAUGAUGAUCAAACUUGGACAUGUUGUCUUAGGGCUCCAUUUCAACUGCUUUUCUCUGAUCUGAUCGGCCUUUGUUGCGAAACAGAGAACAGUGCACUUUAAUGCACUCUUUAUAGGCUGCCAAAGUGGUUGAGGAGAAAUGCCUAUCCAAGCCAAUGUGCCAGUAAGGGAGGAGCAGGUUCUUGGUUCUUUUCUUUUUCUCAGGGGUUUUUAACCCUCUAGUGUAAAACAUUCAGAUCUA